UCCCCUGGCGCAGGGAUUUUUUUGUCCGGUCGCGCUUCCGACACAGUGGCGCGCUGGCGGCCCGUGAUUCAAUGCAGGAGUCGAUUGGGAUUGCUUUGUCGCUUCUCGAUCCGGCAGUGGCGUCGCGGGAGUUGAUCCAGGUGUGAUAUUUUGCUCUCGAAGGCGCUGUAGCAGCGGAGGGGUUUUGGAUCAUGUUUCUUCGCGGCUGAGAGGCGGUAUGACGAAGGAGAGGGGGCAUGUUGUUCACAGUGGAGGAUGCCGGAGCCUGCAAUUUGUUCCUGGAUUGUCGUCGCCCUCGCCAGCGGUGUAUCGAGUCCCGAGAACUCCUCUCGCGAAUGGACCGUUUAGAGGAUUGAUCAUCUGUGUCACUGGCCUGUCCAAAGAAGUUCGAGCUCAAGUCCAAGAUGCCACCGAGAGAAUGGGUGGAGUGUACAGUCCGGAUCUACAUCCUCAGUGUACACACCUGGUCGUCCAGAGCUUUGUUGGACGAAAGCUUGAGCAUGCUUUGAAGCACGGGGUAAAACGUGGAUUGUUCGUCGUGACUUUGGCAUGGUUUAUCAACUCAGCUAAGCUAAAUGAACGUCUGGACGAAUCUUUGUACGCUGUGUCAAAGAAUUCCUUUUUCAACGCCGUGAUUUCUCCGGAACAGAGGCUUUUCGAUGGCGAACACGCUUGCUUGCCCAGCAGAUUCGAAGAAAGCAAAUCCGGAGACAUCUCAGUGAAGUCCCUGGCGGAGUCUCCAAAUGCCGAGAGCAAGCGUGGUCUUCUCUUGAGAGGCUUCACGCUUUACCUGGAUCCGUGUCUUUCUGAGGACGUGCAAGCGAAGGUGGUCGCUGGAGCAAGCAAAGAAGGUGCGACUUUUGCUGACAACUGGUACAGUGGUUCCGAUGUUACACAUGUUGUCUGUGAAAGGGACUCUUUUCUAACUUAUACGGGGUCAACAUGUAAUCUAGUCACUCCAUUAUGGUUGUUGAAGAGUCUCAAAGAGCAUGCGCUGCAGCGCAUGGUGCAACUAUCAACAGAUCUAGCGCGGCACUUGGCUUUUGUGGCUGAUCUUUCGCAAAGUAAAAGUUCGUUGCAGAAUGAAGACGCGGUUAAGUCUCUUCAAACAGAACGUGAGGAGCUCGUUAAGAACGCGAAAGAAGGCGUAAGGAGGCGCAGAGGACAACGCAAACAACCAUGUCGGACAUUGCCACGCCCAAUCACUGGAGCCACACUUUUAGAUGGCCUGUGCUGGUCUGUUACGGAUUGUCCUUCAGCAGCAAAGGUUUACGCCGAAGUUUCUCCCAGUGACGAGUUCUUCGAUGCUCCUGAUAAUGGGAACACGUCGGAAUCAGAGAGUGAUUUGUUUGCACGUCCGCUCACUGAAAGUGAAAGGCAGGAGAUAAUUUAUAAUGCAGUCUUUUUGACUGUCAUGUUUCCAGUGGACCGCUUUGCCGAGAUGGGACCGUCGUCGAGAUCAUUUUUCUGUGAGAACGGCUUCACCAGGCAACAAAUAAUGGAAAACAUCUAUCAGUUUUACCAGGAGCCUUUGUCGGAACAGGAGUUGAACGUAGCAAUCAACACAGAUUCGAAGCACGCUGACAAGCUUCGAGCCUUGUACGCGGCCAGAGGGAGCAGUAACGACGUCAUGAAGCGUCACGAGUUUAUUGGAGGCAGGAGAUGCUUUGAUGGCCUCAAGCGGCUAAGCCGGGAAAACACCGGACAGAUUUACGAGCUACUGCUGGCAUCUUGAUCAAAAACACAAAUAACACAAACCUGUAUAUAUCAGAAAAGGUUUUGCUGGUAAGUGGAGAUAAUUUUUUUCUUUGCUACUAUGGGGACCAGCAGCAUCACCUGGCUUGGGAAUCAAGAAUGGCCCGAAUGGAGAAGAGACACUGGAAGAGGCUGGCGGCUGCCGGGCUCUCGCUGCUGCUACUCAGAGUUGCCUACGACGCCAUCCUCUUCUUUUCGCCGCUGAUAAUCUCCACGAUGCUGUGCGUGCUGUCGUUCAGACGACUGGGCUUGCUGCUCGAGGAGUGUAGGCCGCAGCUAGUGGAAAAUCCCGAGGAGUCGCAGGGCAGUGGCAGUGGCCGAGACACUGGUCGACUGGAAAAAUCUGGGGGACUGGAAAAAUCUUACAGGCACUUCCAGAAACUUGCUGUUCGUCCGGUGAUAGUCGAGGAGGUGGUAGUGAAAGAACGCCAGGAGGGACGAGAUUCCGGUGAAGACGAGGAGACGAUGGUCGUGCAGGCAGGAAGAGAUUCCAGUGGAGACGAGGUCGAGCAGGCAGUCCAGAGCUCCAGUGACGAAGAGGAUGAUGUCACUUCCGCGAUGGAUGAUAGUGAUUUUGGGAGGAACAGCAGCAGCAGCUCCGAGAUUGAUCGUUACAUGAGCUUGUUCGUGGAGGAGAGCGAUGAUCCGGAGGUGGUGGAGGAGAGAGCCAGUUGUUCCGAUGGUGUUGAUGGACAAGAGAGCAUCCCGAGAGCGGUUUUUCUUCCAGCUCGAAGAAAGCAUUUUCUGAGUGACGUGCUUUUC